AUGGCUAGUUCUUCAAAGACCAUUAAUGCAGAUAAGCAAAGAAAACGAAGAAAAAAUCUAUUACUUGAAGACAAAGUUGAUAUCAUUAGGAGAAAAGAUACUGAUGUAAAAUUGAGUGAUGAAAAACUGGCUGUAGAGUUUGAUGUAGAAUGUUCCAUUAUAAGUGGUAUUCUUCGGAAUAAAGAGAAAUUUCUACAGUUGCAUGCAGGUGCUAAGAGUUCAAAUCUGAAAAAAAUACAUAUCCAGAUGGCACGAUUUUAUUCAUUAAAAGAAACACUUUAUAAAUGGUUUAAAGAUUUACGCAGUCAAAAUAUUUCAGUUUCUCAAGAUUUGUUAAAAAUGAAGGCAGUUGAGCUUUAUAAUAAAAUAUAG